CCUCUUUGGACGUGUUAUUAUUCAAUUACAGACACAGUGCUGACAGGCCAGCAGACAGGAUAAGUCAAGUGAGACUGGGACUGUGAACAAAGACUGAAUGGAAAGGGACCGUCGCUUAUUCUACCGUUUUUAAACGCACCUUUAUACUCGUAUUACCUGGAGGAUUACUCAAGGCACUGGAAAAAGACGACUUCAUUUGCAAGUCAUCAGAAGGGCCCCAAGAUCAGCCUUAAAUUGAAGGAUUAUAGCAGCUGGAACUAUUGCAUACGUGGAAAUAAAAGAUUUGCAAAUUUAAUAUCCAAUGCUAUACAGUGAACAGUUUUAGAAUGGAUCAGUCCCUACAGGUCUGGAGCACACAAGCCCCACCCACGGAGGAAGAUCUGGAGCACUGUGGAGCCCGUCCUGAAUGCUCCAUCUGCUACAGCACUUACGACAACGUCUUCAAGACACCCAAGCAGCUCGACUGCGCUCAUGUCUUCUGCCUGGAGUGCCUGUCACGUCUCCGGGCAGUAUCAUUACACCUAAAGAAGGAUGAUAUCACCUGCCCACUAUGCCGUCAUCCCACCCCCGUUCCGGAUGCUGGCCCCCCAGCCCUGCCCACAUGCCCCGACCUGCUGGCCAGGCUGCCAACCCACCAGAGGUGGCCCGAGCAUGUCUGGCUAGAGGGUCAACAACUGUGCUAUCAGUGCCCUAUGGGUAGUGCUGGUAGGCAUUCUAUCUGGAUUUGUGUUGAUAUCGGUGCCAGCCCACAGCGAAGUCCACCCCGACCUUCACGGGUUCGCAGAAGAAGCCUCGGGGAAAUUAUCAGAUUGAAGGGCUGGAAACGUUUGGGGCUGUUGACACUAUUGAUGGCAGCGCUGGUCUGCAUAUUGUUCUGGCAGUUACGCUGCGCUUUUAAUGCAUCCUCCUAUACUUGUCUACAACCUGACAGAGAUGUCGCCCAGACUCCCGCCAUCUCCAUUUCCAGUUUCACGCCUCCACCCCUUUUCCACCAACCAAGCGAGUAAAGCAUGCCUAUACAUUAAACCGAUGCAGACAGUGACGCUUACACAUAAACAGCAGGACAGGCACAGAUACCUCAGGCACCUUUGUCAAAAAUCCUUGGAUAAAGGACCUGUAAAGACUCCUUUCCUUCAGGAAAAAAUCUGUUGGGGAAUGGAAUCAUGUGGCUUGGAGAGUUGAGACUCCGCUCGGCCAAAUGAACAUUUUACCUACACGAUAAGGCUUUGGUGCCCUGCAAUGGGCUGGCCCCCCAUCCUGGGUUGGUCCCUGCCUCGUGCCCAUUGCUUCCGGGAUAGGCUCCGGACCCCCCGCGACCCAGUAGGAUAAGCGGUUUGGAAAAUGGAUGGAUGGAUGGAUGGAUGGAUGGAUGGAUGGAUGGAUAAGGCUGUGAUCAGAAGAUCCAAGACUGAUGCUGAUAUAGGAGUUUUCUGAUGAAAGUAUAAACAUAGAGAUUAAGGUUGCUGCUUUAAUCAGAAAGAACAUGACACUGCUUGCAAAAUGUUCAUUUCUGCAUUGUGAAUUUGCAGAAGCAAUUUUGCCAGUCUCAAAAAACACAUUUACAUACACCCAUCUUUAGAAUUUAAUAUGCAGUUUCACCAUAAAAUUACACUGGAAUGGUUGGUUUCAGCAUAAACAGCAUAGGUGAGCCGUCCAAGUCCUAUGCUUGUAAUGUACAUCUUCUGAAGCAGUGGGUAAACUGCUUUUAUGCUUGUUUUUUAUGAUCAGUUCCUCUCUUCCUAAUAGAAGCUGAUGUGAGAAGAAAGCCAAACAAAAACUUGUAAUGUAAUCUGUGUUAAGGACAUACAGUGUUAUAAUGAAAAACACACUCCUAAAAAGUUAUCUGAGCACACCAGCAUUUAGUUAAGACCUUUGAUAUGUUUCCAGAAAGGUCAGGCACAUCCCAUUUUAUGAACUGUGUACAUUUUAUAACUACGUAGUUAAAAUAAUGCUAUUCAGUAGUGAUGGGUAAAUGACGCUUCGUGAACCAUUUGUUUUAUUUUUUGCCCCUGCUGGAUGGUGCUCCUGGUUUGCUUUGGGGCAUGCUUUGUACCUGUUUUUGAAUGGAGAGCACCAUCUAGUGGAGACAAUAAACGCAGCAAAUGGUUCAUGAAGUGUCAUUUUGUCCAUCACUAGUUUCCAGAACUCACAUGAAUGAAAAUAUUUCAAAAAACACUAUACAUUUUACACAUUACAAAUUCAAAUGCUGUUUUACAAUACUUUACAUAUUUGUGAGACUGAAAAUUUAGAGUUGUUUUUUUUAUUCAGGACAGGAUUUUUCUUUCUGUAUGAGACCUUAUUAACAUAUCAUGACUGUUUGUGUGAGUACUGUACAUUAUAUUUUGGCCCCAUUCUUAGGGGUAUUGUGAAUAAAUAAAAUCAUAUUAGUACAUUUAGCAUUUAUAUAUUCUCCUGAUUGUGCAUUAGUAUGUUGGUGGGUAAUAUGCUCAGACCCCUUCCAAAGUGCCCUAUGUAUCCUGGGAUAGGUUCACUGUAAUCCUGUCCUGGAUUAGUAGUAAAAUGGAUGAAUGAUGCACAGUUCCUAGUAAACCAUUCACUGUAAUAAAUUUACAACAAUAUAAUCAA